GGGCCGCGGUGGCGAUGCACCGGGCCCGUUAGCGCCAGGAGCGCCAGGCAGCUGAGGCGGGGGGCAAGCCCUCCCGCGGAGGAGCCGCGCCCCCGGCCCCGCCGGUCCCGCCGCGAUGCUGUUCCACAGUCUGUCGGGCCCCGAGGUGCACGGGGUCAUCGACGAGAUGGACCGCAGGGCCAAGAGCGAGGCUCCCGCCAUCAGCUCCGCCAUCGACCGCGGCGACACGGAGACGACCAUGCCGUCCAUCAGCAGUGACCGCGCCGCGCUGUGCGCCGGCUGCGGGGGCAAGAUCUCGGACCGCUACUACCUGCUGGCGGUGGACAAACAGUGGCACAUGCGCUGCCUCAAGUGUUGUGAGUGCAAGCUCAACCUGGAGUCGGAGCUCACCUGUUUCAGCAAGGACGGAAGCAUCUACUGCAAGGAAGACUACUACAGGCGGUUCUCUGUGCAGCGCUGCGCCCGCUGCCACCUGGGCAUCUCAGCCUCGGAGAUGGUGAUGCGUGCUCGGGACUUGGUUUAUCACCUCAACUGCUUCACAUGCACCACGUGUAACAAGAUGCUGACCACGGGUGACCACUUCGGCAUGAAGGACAGCCUGGUCUACUGCCGCUUGCACUUCGAGGCGCUGCUGCAGGGCGAGUACCCCUCGCACUUCAACCAUGCCGACGUGGCGGCGGCUGCAGCCGCAGCAGCCGCGGCCAAGAGCGCCGGGCUGGGCGCGGCCGGGGCCAACCCGCUGGGUCUUCCCUACUACAAUGGCGUGGGCACGGUGCAGAAGGGCCGGCCGAGGAAGCGCAAGAGCCCCGGCCCCGGGGCGGAUCUGGCGGCCUACAACGCUGCGCUGAGCUGCAACGAGAACGACGCGGAGCACCUGGACCGCGACCAGCCCUACCCGAGCAGCCAAAAGACGAAGCGCAUGCGCACUUCCUUCAAGCACCACCAGCUUCGGACCAUGAAGUCUUACUUUGCCAUUAACCACAACCCCGAUGCCAAGGACUUGAAGCAGCUGGCGCAGAAGACGGGCCUCACCAAGCGGGUCCUCCAGGUCUGGUUUCAGAACGCUAGGGCCAAGUUCAGGCGCAACCUCUUACGGCAGGAAAACACGGCUGUGGACAAGUCGACAGAGGCAACGUUGCCGACGGGGACGCCAUCAGGGCCGGCCUCCGAGCUCUCCAACGCCUCGCUCAGCCCCUCCAGCACGCCCACCACCCUCACAGACUUGACCAGCCCGGCCCUGCCAACUGUGACGUCCGUCUUAACUUCUGUGCCUGGCAACCUGGAGGGCCACGAGCCUCACAGCCCCUCACAAACGACUCUCACCAACCUUUUCUAGUGACUCACGCCCUCCCCCCCCCAAUUUCUUUAAAAAAGAAAUUAUCUUUAGUUGAAUUCCAAGUGUAUUUUAAAAUAGAGGCUUUGAGCAACUAACUAACCACAUUUUAGGAUCUCGCCUGGAAACAGAGGAAGAAAAUAAUUGUGCGUCCGGCUAAUGCAGCAGUGUGGACUUGAGGAAUUACUUGGAAAAUCUAUCUGCAACACAACAUUUGUGUCACUGUACAGUUUUGUGGACUGAGCGAGGAAAAACAACAAAUAAUUUAAGUUGGCUAGAGCUUCUGUAUUUUCAAAGACUGCCACGUGCCUUAGGAAUACUGUUUUAUCUCCAUACUUUGGAUGACUUGUUCAUUUUUCUCUCCCUCUUUUUCUCUCUGUAUAUUUAUGACCAGAGCAAAAAUGUAAAAAAAAAAAAAAAAAAAAAGUUUGUUACUUUGAAUAGUCCUAAAAAGAAAAAAAAAAAAAAGGAAAAAUCAAACCCCCUCCAACGGUCGCUUUGUUGUUUUAGAAUUUUAAGGUGGAAGUCUGUUCGAAUAUCAGAAUUUGUAAAAUCUAACCAGUAAUAAAACCACUUAUUGAAA